AUGACCCCGGGCCACCACCUGGUCCCUGCCCUUGCAAGACCACCAGCUGCCACUGGGAACAGUUUUCCUUGCAAGGUCACCGGCCACCACUGGGUCCCCUUGCCAAGUCACCAGCCACCACCGGGUCUCCGCCUUGCAAGGCCACCAGUUCCCACCCUUGCAAGACCACUGGCCAACACCAGGUCCCUGUCUUGCAAGACCACCAGCAGCCACCAGGUCCCCUUGCUAAGCUACCAGUCACCACCAGGUCUUGGCUUUGCAAGGUCACCAGCUGCCACUGGGUCCCGCCCUUGCAAGGCCAUCGGCCGCCACCAAAUCCCGCCCUUGCAAGACCAUUGGCCAACACCGGGUCCCCUUGCUAAGCUACCAGUCACCACCAGGUCUCGGCCUUGCAAGGUCACCAGCUGCCACUGGUCCCCACCUUGUAAAGUCACCAGCCACUACUGGGUCCCGCCCUUGCAAGACCACUGGCCAACACCAGGUCUCUGCCUUGCAAGGCCCCCCAGCCGCGACCAGGUCUCCGCCUUACCACUGGCCAACACCGGGUCCUCGUCUUGCAAGAUCACCAGCAGCCAACAGGUCCCCUUGCUAAGCCACCAGUCACCACCAGGUCUUGGCCUUGCAAAGUCACCAGCCACCACUGGGUCCCACCCUUGCAAGGCCAUCGGCCGCCACCGAAUCCCGCCCUUGCAAGGCCAUCGGCCGCCACCGAAUCCUGCCCUUGCAAGACCAUUGGCCAACACCGGGUCCCCAUCUUGCAAGACCACCAGCAGCCACCAGGUCCCCUUGCUAAGCCACCAGUCACGACCAGGUCUCAGCCUUGCAAGGUCACCAGCCACCACUGGAUCUCUGCCUUGCAAGGCUACCGGCCACCACCGGUCCCCACCUUGCAAAGCCACCAGCCGCCACUGGGUCCUGCCCUUGCAAGGUCACUAG